AUGCAUUUUUUGAAAAAAAAAAUAAGAAUUUGGAAAAACGACCAUGCACAUUUAGUAGCGGAUGAAGAACAUAGAUAUUAUAAAUUUUAUGGAGAAAUUUUGGAAAAUCCUCAAGGACAUAUGUAUGCUGCAUUUCGUGCUAAAAAGAAGCGUUUGUUUUUUAGGACAAGCUGGGAUUUGAGUCGUUAUAAAUAUAUUUCGUUAUAUGGUAUGGGAGAUGCACGGACAUAUUUUUUAACUCUUCAGACGACAUCUUUUCCUCAGUUUGAUCUUUAUCAAAUGCCUUUUACAUUUAAAACACCAGGAAAAUGGGAAACUAUUUGUGUGCCGCUGAAUGCUUUUUAUUUGAAAGUAAAGAGUUCUGAAAUGUCUAAACAUCGAUUUUCUGGCAUAGAAAGGAUUCAAACAGUAGGUAUUUCACUUUUGAACCCAUACCCAGGUCCAUUUGAAUUGUAUAUUCGCUGGAUAAAAACAAUGAAUGAAAUUUAUAAUGAAUCUGACACUUUUGAGUUAUCGACAGAACAAGCAGCACAGGAUAUUAAUGUAUAA